CCAAGGAUGUCGGAUAGUUCAGAUCAGCUGUCAUCACCGAACAGCGACUGCAAUAGUCAAAUGGGCGUCGUGCAUCGCAAUGCAACCGCGCAAUACAGUAAUACAUCGUCAAUGUCCGGUCUCGGGUUGACACAUCAUCCCCAAAAUUUAACGCCAACAUCGAAUGGCAGUCCUCAGUAUUCGCAGGAGAUUUCCUGCAACUCUGCCAGCGUAAACACUAACAUCAGUAAUAUCAGCAAUCUCCCCCUUAGCAGCAGUAAUUUCACACCUGAACAGAUAUCUUGCAUGUGCGAGGCAUUGUCGCAAAGUCAAGACAUUGAGAAAUUAUCCAGAUUUCUUUGGUCCUUACCGCCUGGAGAACUGUUGCGCGGAGGCGAGAGUGUGCUAAUGGCGCGUGCCGCUGUUGCCUUUCACCGCGGAGCCUAUCACGAGCUUUACUCAAUCCUGGAGAGCCACCCUUUCUCGCCACGUCGACAUCCUGAACUCCAACAGAUGUGGUUUAAGUCGCAUUAUCGCGAAGCUGAGAAAAUCCGCGGUCGACCAUUGGGCGCCGUGGACAAGUAUCGGCUGCGCAAGAAGUAUCCACUACCAAAGACGAUCUGGGACGGUGAGGAGACCGUGUAUUGCUUCAAGGAACGAUCGAGGAACGCUUUGAAAGAGUGUUAUAUGAGGAACCGAUAUCCUACGCCGGACGAGAAGAAGAAUCUUGCGAAGAAAACUGGCCUGACGCUGACUCAAGUGUCCAAUUGGUUCAAGAAUCGUCGACAGCGUGAUCGUACGCCACAAACGAGAACGGAUAUGUUACCACUAAAUUGUCAAGGCACGACUAACAGUACAAUUAGCAGUUCAGUGAGCAACGGCGGUAGUAUCCAAUCUUUGCAGAGUAUCGAUUCCGAUAGUCCGAGUCUCGCAAUGUCACCUCUAUCAACUAUGGGUAUGUCACCAGUCACUAUGAAUCCAUGCAGCCCGAUGGGCAUGAGUCCCAUGGGUCCUCAUCAUGGCUAUGCCACUCCUGUUACCCCAUCGUCCGUUCAUACCUCACAUUCCCAUAAUGGCGGAUUGAGUCCUAUGAACGACGUUAAGGCUUUAUAUGGACGCAGUGUGUACGACACAGGUAAAGACGUGGAGCAGAGUUCAGUUUAUUACUCCAGCCAUUCCAGUAUGCACCACCAGUAUUAUCAACAAACUCAUCAUCAGAUGAUGUCCAGCUCCCAUCAUCAUCACCAUCAUCAGCAGAGCGUGCCAGCCGGCUACGAGAUUAUGCUGCCCCCGCCUUCCAUGUGA